GUCCUGGUUUAGUCCAUCGAUUUACUCAUGGACAUGAGUGAUACAUUACUUUCCGAACAAAAUAUUAUUUUGUUAAAAAAUCUAGAACAUUAGAAACAGGUCCUAAUACCCAAUAAUACCGUUAGGCUUUCGGUACUACUGGGUUCCAUGAAAUAUUUGCGAUUAUAAAUGUAGAUUUAAAGUCAUGAGUGUCAUGAGAAAACAGUAAAAGACUCUGCGCAACGCUCUGUCGAAAACAAAGGAAUCCAGGAGAAUAUUCAGCAUUGCGCUGACAAUGAGGGGCGUUUUUUUCGCCAUUUUUUCGCGAUUUGACAAAGUGUUUGUGCAUCAUUCUCCUAUAAAAGCAAGGGUGAAUCGAUCCUCAGACUCAGUCGCCAAGUAGAAGACUUACAAAAUGGACUGCUUAUUCCAACGCAUGGAAGACCAUAAUUAUUCUUUGCUUACCGAAAUCACCCAUCAGGUGGUAGCUUUGGAGAAGACACAAAAAGAUAUUGAGGCAAAAGGAAACCCAUCGAUAUGCAGUGAAAUUGUAACAAUGGGACGAAAUGCCGCGAUGCUUUCAGCUGAAGUCGAGAUGACAUUGAUUACUUUGAAAAGUAUUGGUAAACCAUCCGUUGAUAUUUUAGAUGAAUCAGCAGAUAUGGUAGAAAUGAAGCAACAAAUACUUGAAAAUAUUAAUGGAAUUAAGAAGAUCUGCCAUGUACUAGAGUUAUCUGAAAUUGGAAAUGAAUCGGAUUAUUACCAGUCAAUGGUUCGUAAUUAUCGUGUACAAAAAAGUUUAAAAGUGGUCGCCCUUCAUGAGCAAAAUAGUAAAUUGCCGCCUCUUAAAAUGGAUGGUGACAAUAUGAUUUAUUACUUCAAAGAUGUCGUGGACAAUGCAAGGUCCAAUAACAUUUGAGAACCUGGUUUGCCGAAAAGGAAUUGUGUUUAAUUUCCAUGAAUGGAUAUGAACAGAGAUUAGUAGUAGAUAAGCGAAUGACUAAGUUCAUCAGUUAAGAUUUAAACAAUUGAAAUUGUUAUAAGAUUGAAUAUCAUAUGAUAAUCUUUAUAAAAUGCUGUUUGCAUUUACAAUCUGAAUACAAUCAAUACUAUAAUCUAUACAUCGAAACGAAAAUUGCCAAUCCGUUGAAUCAAGAACGAUACGAAAUUUUAUAUACAGAGUUUUUUGGGGCUGGAAGUGCUUGGAGUUGGAGCGGCCUGGUUAGAAUCUACUAACCCCUCGGGCAAAAGGGGGCUCCCAUAUAAAACAACUAUCUUUCCAUUCAAUACCUACUUGGAUGUAGCAAAUCUUUUUAUGCAAUGCAAAGCAUCGGAAAAAAUAAUAGUCGACUAUGAUUUUUUCUUAAUUGAUACGCAGUUUUUUUAUACUGAAUUCAAAGCUAAAAAAGACUGACAAUUUAAGAUCGAUAUCGACCUCAGCCAAAUGAGCCAAUAAAUUAUAAAUUU